CUCUCCACAAAACUAGAAAACUACUCAAGCUUUCAAAAUAUUAGUAUUUCUUCUUUCACCCUUUGCUCAUCUUAAAUAAAAAUCCAUGGCUAUCCGUGUUCCUCGUAUAAUCAAGAAGUCCUCAACAUCCCUUGAUGUUCCCAAGGGCUAUUUUGCUGUUUAUGUUGGGGAGAAGCAGAGGAAGAGAUUUGUAAUUCCCAUAGCAUACUUGAGCCAGCCUUCAUUUCAAGAUUUGCUAAGUCAAGCGGAGGAAGAAUUUGGCUUCAAUCAUCCUAUGGGCGGUGUCACAAUUCCCUGCUCAGAGGACAUCUUCGUUGGCAUCACUUCUCAGUUUAGGAUUUAAGAAUAUAGUUGAGAUCAUUUUCUUUUUUUUUUUAGGUCUCAAAAUUUAAUACAUCAAAG